UGGACUUCACGACGGGGAGGGAGAGAGAGAAGCUUUUGUGUGCUAGUCCCUCAUUCUUUCUUUUUCCCUUUUACCCUUUUUCUUUCUGUUCCCUCCUCUUUUUCUUUCUCUCUCUAGACUUUGUGAUCUGCAGCUGCCCAAGUUUGUAUCUUUGGCCCAUUUUGAUCAGGGUUCGUCGGAAUUGGCGCCGGGGCUUCUGAUGUCAGGCAUUAGAAGGAGAAAUUGGAGAUGAGGGGUUGCCUUAAUCCCAGGGUGAGGAUUUGAAUCCUUUCUGUGAUGGGAGUGUGGCAAUUGUAAUUGGGUUUUGGCUGCAAGGGAGAUAAAUGGCUAAAGGGAGAAUAAGGGCGAGGCUACGGCGGAGCCACCUCUACACAUUCUUGCGAAAGCCAAAGGGCAAUGAGGCAGGAGGGGAACCUCACCCUAUCCAAGGUCCUGGGUACUCAAGAACCGUGCAUUGUAACCAACCUCUGCUCCAUCAAAAGAAACCAUUCAAAUACCGUUCAAAUUACAUAUCGACCACAAAGUAUAACCCGAUCACAUUCUUUCCCAAGGCACUCUUUGAGCAGUUCAGACGGGUUGCCAACAUCUAUUUUCUUUUGGCUGCCGGUCUUUCACUCACUCCUGUUUCUCCAUUUGGUCCUUGGAGCAUGAUAGCUCCUUUGGCUUUUGUUGUUGGUCUCAGUAUGGUAAAGGAAGCUGUGGAAGACUGGAAUAGGUUCUUGCAGGAUAUGAAGGUUAAUCUCCGGAAAGUACAUGUUCAUAAAGGAGAUGGUGUUUUUGGACAUAGGCCAUGGCAUAAGAUUUUGGUCGGAGAUGUGGUGAAAGUGGAAAAGGAUCAAUUCUUUCCUGCUGAUUUGCUUCUAUUGUCGUCAAGUUACGAGGAUGGGUUCUGCUAUGUUGAGACUAUGAACUUAGAUGGCGAGACAAAUUUAAAGGUCAAGAGAUGCUUGGAGGCAACCUCACCUUUGGAUGAUGACACAGCUUUCAAGGACUUCAGAGCAACAGUUCAAUGUGAAGAUCCAAAUCCCAAUCUCUAUUCCUUUGUGGGUAAUCUUGAUCAUGACCGGCAGGUUUAUCCUCUUGAACCCGGUCAGAUACUCCUGAGAGAUUCAAAGCUCAGGAAUACUAGUUAUAUCUAUGGGGUAGUGAUAUUUACAGGUCAUGAUAGCAAAGUCAUGCAGAAUUCGACCAAGUCCCCCUCAAAAAGGAGUGGAAUUGAGAAGAAAAUGGAUAAGAUUAUCUACAUCCUUUUCUUCCUCCUUUUGGUGAUCUCCUUGAUCAGCUCAAUAGGGUUUGGUGUGAAGACAAAACGCGAUACGCCAAAGGCAUGGUACUUACGACCAGACGAUGCAGAAGAUAUGUAUAGCCCCAAAAAACCUGCCGUGGCUGGCCUCAUCCAUCUGGUCACUGCUCUCAUCCUUUAUGGAUAUCUAAUACCCAUCUCUCUUUAUGUUUCAAUUGAGAUUGUGAAGGUUUUGCAAGCGAGGUUCAUUAACAAUGACAUACACAUGUAUGAUGAAGAGCAUGGAAUUCCUGCUAAUGCCCGGACAUCAAAUUUGAAUGAGGAGUUAGGCCAGGUAGACACGAUCCUUUCUGACAAAACUGGCACGUUAACCUGCAACCAGAUGGACUUUCUUAAGUGUUGCAUUGCUGGCAUUGCAUACGGUGUACGCUCCAGUGAAGUUGAACUUGCAGCAGCAAAACAGAUGGCUACUGACCUUGAGGAUCAGGACGAGCAUGAUGAAGAACUUGCCAAUGUUCCCAGGAAAAGUCAAGGUGCAUCAUGGGGAAAUGAAGUAGGAUCAGAAAUUGAGCUUGAAACCGUUGUUACAUCCAAGGAUGGUAGGGAUCCGAAACCGGCCAUAAAGGGGUUUAGCUUUUUGGACAGCCGCCUCAUGGAUGGAAAUUGGAUCAAAGAGCCCACCUGUGAUGUGAUCUUAUUAUUUUUGCGGAUAUUAGCUGUUUGCCAUACUGCAAUUCCUGAGCUAAGUGAAGAGACCGGCCAAUAUACAUAUGAAGCAGAGUCACCCGAUGAAGGAGCUUUUCUUGUUGCAGCCCGUGAGUUAGGUUUUGAGUUCUGUAAAAGAAAUCAAUCCAGUGUGUAUGUCCGCGAAAGGUAUCCUGAUCCAGAACAACCAGUGGAAAGGGAAUAUAAAAUCUUAAAUCUAUUGGAAUUCACUAGCAAAAGGAAGCGUAUGUCAGUAAUUGUGCGUGACGAAGAUGGGCAAUUAUUACUUUUCUGCAAAGGUGCUGACAGCAUCAUUUUCGAUCGACUGUCCAAGAAUGGAAGAAUUUAUGAGGAAGCUAGUACCAAGCAUUUGAAUGAAUAUGGAGAAGCUGGGCUGCGUACGUUGGCACUUGCUUAUAGAAAGCUUGAGGAAUCCGAGUAUGAUGCUUGGAACAAUGAAUUUCAGAAAGCAAAAACAUCUAUCGGGGCUGAUAGGGAGGUGAUGCUCGAGCGAGUGGCAGAGAAGAUGGAAAAAGACUUGAUCAUGGUUGGUGCUACAGCUGUGGAGGACAAAUUGCAAAAAGGGGUGCCCCAAUGCAUAGACAAUCUUGCACAAGCUGGUCUCAAGAUCUGGGUGUUGACAGGGGAUAAGAUGGAAACUGCAAUCAACAUAGGAUUUGCAUGUAGUUUGCUGCGACAGGGCAUGAAGCAGAUCUGUAUAUCAACAGCAAAUUUAGAGACGUUGGGACAAGAUGGAAAAGAGGCUGUGAAAGACAACGUUUUGAAUCAAAUUACAAACGCCUCACAAAUGAUCAAGUUGGAAAGAGAUCCACAUGCGGCGUUUGCAUUAAUUAUUGAUGGAAAAACUUUAACCUAUGCUUUGGAGGCUGAUAUGAAGCAUCUAUUCUUGGAACUAGCUGUUGAUUGUGCAUCUGUCAUAUGCUGUCGUGUUUCCCCUAAGCAGAAGGCAUUGGUAACAAGGUUAGUUAGACAAGGAACUGGGAAAACUACAUUAGCAAUAGGUGAUGGUGCAAAUGAUGUAGGAAUGAUUCAAGAAGCUGACAUUGGUGUUGGAAUCAGUGGCGUCGAAGGUAUGCAGGCUGUGAUGGCUAGUGACUUUGCUAUUGCCCAGUUUCGAUAUUUGGAGAGACUUUUGGUUGUCCAUGGACAUUGGUGCUAUAAAAGGAUUGCUCAGAUGAUCUGCUAUUUCUUCUACAAAAAUAUAGCAUUCGGUCUGACCCUCUUCUACUUUGAGGCAUUCACUGGAUUUUCGGGGCAAUCAAUAUAUGAUGACUGGUAUAUGCUAUCGUUCAAUGUUAUUCUUACCUCAUUGCCUGUCAUAUCACUUGGAGUAUUUGAACAAGAUGUUUCUUCCGAGGUCUGCUUACAGUUCCCUGCAUUGUAUCAGCAAGGAGCCCGAAAUUUGUUUUUCGACUGGUACAGAAUAUUGGGGUGGAUGGGCAAUGGUGUAUAUUGCUCUCUCAUUGUCUUCUUCCUCAACAUUAUCACCUUCAAAGACCAGUCCUUCAGAUCUAAUGGCCAAAUUGCUGAUAUGGCUGCUAUGGGUACAACUAUGUUCAGUGGCAUCAUAUGGGCUGUCAACUGCCAGAUUGCUCUGGCUAUGUGUCACUUUACAUGGAUUCAGCACUGCUUUAUUUGGGGCAGUAUUGCAAUGUGGUACUUAUUUCUCUUGAUAUACGGCAUGAUGUCGUUUUCUGGAAAUGCCUACCAGAUUCUAGUUGAAGUCCUCGGUCCUGCACCUAUCUUCUGGUUAGCCACCCUGUUAGUUACACUUGCUUGUAAUCUCCCGUACAUUGUCCACAUAGCCUUCCAAAGAAGUUUCAAUCCAAUGGAUCACCAUAUCAUCCAAGAAAUCAAAUACUACCGGAAAGAUGUUGAGGAUCAACGCAUGUGGAAGAGGGAGGCAUCUAAAGCAAGACAAGAAACCAAGAUCGGGUUCUCAGCUCGGGUGGAUGCAAAGAUCAGACAGUUGAGAGCAAGGCUGCACAAGAAGCAUACCCACGCAAACGCUAUGUCCCCUUUGUGACAAUGUGCAUGAUUUUACAGUUUUGGAAGUCUUGUUUUCUUAGGGUUUGAGGCCGAUUGCAGUUUUGUGUUGUGGCCCUUUUGUAAUUCUUUUCUUGGUAUAUUUGUUAUAUCCACUUACGUGGGGUUGGUUCAAGUCCCAUUCAUUAUAGAAAGGCGUAGGAGCUUUUGUAUGUACAAUACAUUUGUAAAAUUCAAAGAGUGAAGAUAGAUGUCAAUUUGCCUAC